AUGCAGUCGUUCAACGCCCCCUCAGCAGCCAUGGCAGGGUCUACACUCGCCUCGCGGCACAGCAGCGGAGCAACACGGCCGCUAUCACCGCUCUUGCCGCAGUCGCUCAGUAUGGAAAGUGAAGGACCGCUUGCAGGCACGCCGGCCGCCGCACCGGUGACAGCUUCGUCCACAGCGAGAAUCGUCACCUCGAAUGCCCCCACGUGCAUGUCUGACGCUCAUGAUUCUGUCAGUGUGACUCAACACCAUGUCUGUGUCUCUGUGUCCUCCGCCGUUACGUCGCACGCGGCAUCCACGUCUCCCACGCUGCCACCGCGACGACCACGCAAGUUGGCACUCGCCUCAGCACACAUGGUUGUUUUACCGCACGGAUCUCACAGAAACGGUAGCGGCAGCGGUGAGGAUCUGCUGUCCGAGCACACCGCCACCCCCCCGACGCCGUCUCCCGCGCUAGACGCAGACCCUUCGAGGCUGUGCGACAUGCAUAGCUUUCCAGACGGUGAACCGUGGCCUUCCAAUGACCCGGCUCACGGGGGCUUUGGGCCUCACCAUCGGCACAUGCACACACUGCCGCGGCUGUCGGAGGGCGCACUGAGUGCUCCAGCGGAGUCUCGGACUGCCGAUCUGCUGCCUCCAGCUCCUCGUCAGGGCGACGUCGGUGCCAUUUCUGAUGCCGAAGGCGCCGUCGUGCGUGCGCACACCUUGUCUGUGUCCGCGACAGCGGCGACCCUAGCCUCUACCAGGUCGCCAGCCAGGCGUGCAAGUGUGCUGCCGCCCCCACCGUCCCCCACGUUCGAAAGUCCUGCUGUGCCGACCUCUCCCCCGUUGACCAAGGAUAACCAGGACAACAUGAGCCCCAGCUACAGCUGCAGUAUGAGUAUCCCGUCGCCAUCGCCGGCAUUCAGUCCUUUCACGCAGCAGCCGUCGCCGCCGCUAAGUCCUGCCAUCGUGGCGUGCUGUCCGGCGCGGGGAACGGAACAGAAGGCCGUGCAGCGCCAACGAUCUGAAAGCGUGCCGCCGAGCGCGGUCGCGCACAAGCUGCUGUCGACAGGGUGUACAGCAGAGCCGGACAUGCCUGUGGUGCACCCCGCAGCACGUCGCCGCUCAUCAUACGUCUCCGGCAGCACCAUGCUGGGCUCUUUUUGUCUUACGGAGGAUGGUGUCGAGAGCAGCGACGGGGGCGCUACAGCAACGGCGGACACGCCACUAAUGCGAUCCAACACCAGCCGAGCUACCGCCUUCUCCAGCGCAGCUGCCGCCGCCGCCAUGACCACGACUAGCGCCACACCUUACACGUUGCCUUCGCCGACCACCACACAACGGUGCCGAAGCGCCUCCGCCAUGAUGCGAUACGCAUCCACUUUCUUGAGCAAGGAUGGCUCCUCUGUAGAUGCCAGUGCUGCUGCUGCUGAGGCGGCGCUGCUGUCCACACCGUCGCAGUCAACGACCCACCCACCGUGCGCUCUCUCCUCUGCGGUGGUCAGUAGAAUGCAGAACGACAGGGACAAGGACAACGGGGAGGUCGCGGCUACGGUGCCCGCCGUGGCGGUGACACCUGCGAUGCCGUCGACGUACCAUCUGCUCACAGCGCCGGCGACAGGCGCGCGAAGUGAUGACCUCUCCUGGUUUCUUCCAUCCUUGCCUGAUGGCCAUGCUCCAAGCUUCCUUGCCGAAGCUCCGCAGCAUCUGCGCGCGUACCUCGCCGCCGAGUGCGACAGAGCCAUGCGUGCCGUGCAGCGGCAAGAGUUGUGGGCGGGGCAGACGGCCGCCGGCCGCGAAGAGCUGCGGCGACAGGUGGAGGGGCAUAUCGUCGCGAAGCACCACAAUCGGGCGGAGGGGCUGCGCAAGGAUGCCUCGGCAUGGCGGCUUCCCCUGGAGGCCCUGUGGCCAGAGCAGCCGCUGCGUUCGAACAAGGCUGUUCUGGUUCUUGACGAUGGUAAGAGCAGCGCGCGUUCUGCUGCUGAUACAACGAUUGCCGUCGCCGGGGAUGCACUUCCGUCGUUGGCUCUCUUCCCGCGACUGAUGAGCACUUCAUUGCCCUGCAUGGAGUUCAGGCGGGGCACGGCGACGCAGCCCGAGGUACACACGUCGACGCCGACUCGCACCGAGCCCGCUGGAGACGAACAGGAUGCGGUCGCCGUGGGAUCACCUGUAGAGAAGGGGGAUGUGGAGGACAGUGCCAUCUUUGAAAAGUCAGGGCUGGCGGAGUCCCAGGGGCGGCCAAGCAGAAGCGAGGCUGCCGCUUCAGUGCCGCUGCCGCCUGGUGCGCCACGGUCUCGCGCGUCUGUAAGCUUCUUGGGCUCAUCCCUGUCGUAUGAGGCGGCAUUGCUGGAUGCAGCGCAGGAGAUGUCGGGAUAG